AUCAAUAACAAGAUCUUACUAUCGCAAUUCUGUGGGUGGCUUACUAGUCUUUGACAUCACAAAUCGACGGUCUUUUGAACAUGUGAAAGACUGGCUAGAAGAAGCAAAAAUGCACGUGCAGCCCUUCCAGAUUGUGUUCCUGUUAGUAGGACAUAAAUGUGACUUAGUGUCACAGCGUGAGGUUACAAGAGAAGAAGCUGAAAAGCUGUCAUCUGACUGUGGUAUGAAAUAUAUAGAAACCUCAGCAAAAGAUGCCACGAAUGUUGAAGAGUCCUUUACAAUUCUUACACGAGACAUCUAUGAACUCGUAAAAAAAGGAGAAAUCUCAAUACAAGAUGGAUGGGAAGGUGUCAAGAGCGGCUUUGUUCCAAAUGUUGUACAUUCGUCAGAAGAAGCUGUAAAGCCCAGAAGACAGUGCAUCUGCUGA